AUGGCGGAAGCAGUUCUCUUCAGCCUUGCCACUGACAUCCUGAAAAACCUCGCCACCGAAAUGGUGAAACCUGGAGGCUCCUUCGCUUCUCAGAAGAUCCAGUUGCUCUGCUGUGCCAAGGACGAGCUCCAAAACCUUGAGGACACCGUCGAGACCAUCAAAGCUGUGCUUUUGGAUGCCGAGAAGAAGCAAUGGCACAGCCAACUUGUCAAGCAUUGGCUCAAGAAGCUCAAGGAGGUGCUGUACGAUGUACAAGAUUUGCUUGAUGAUGUCGCAACCCAAGAUCUGAGGCGGAAGGUCACUCCUGGCAGCAAGAUGUCGAAAGAGGUGCGCCUUUUCUUCUCUAAAUCAAAUCAACUUGCACACGGCCUCAAAGUGGGUAAUGAGAUUGAGGAACUUAGGAAGAAACUGGUUUCGAUUAAAAACAUUGGGGAUUUCUCAUUAGAGAAGCAAGACAGUGAGGCAACUCUUCGUACUGAGAGGAGAACUCCCACUUUUGAGCGCGAUGAAAAUAUAAUUGGUAGAGAAAAAGAUAAGGAGGAGAUCAUCGCAUGUUUGCUUGAUUCCUCCUCUGGGGAGAGUGUCUCGGUUGUUUCCAUCAUCGCUAUAGGAGGAAUGGGAAAAACCACGCUUGCUGAUUUGGUAUACAAGGAUGAAAAGGUGAAAGAAUGUUUCGAGCUUAGGAUGUGGGUGUGCCAUGGGGAUCCUAAAAACUUUGAUGUGGAUUUUAUCGUCAAAAAAAUACUGAACUCUGCCAAAGCUGAUCCUGAGGUGAAGAAAAAUCUGGAAGACAUUGAGAAUAAAAGUGCGGAAGAGUUGCACCGGCUCCUUCGUAAGGUACUAGAUGGAAAGAAGUACUUGCUUGUUUUGGAUGACUUGUGGAAUGAGGAUCGCAUGAGAUGGUUGAAACUCCGGCCUUUGCUAAUGGGUGGUUCAAGGGGGAGCAAGAUACUCAUAACCACACGCUCUUUGUCAGUCGUGGAGGCUACAGAUGCCAAGUCAAUUAAAUAUAAUCUAUGUGGCUUAUCUGCAGAAAAGUCGUGGGACUUAUUCAAGAAAUUGGCUUUUGGAGAUGCUGAAACAUCAAUUGACUCGGGAUUAGAGGAGAUACGUCGAGCUAUAGUUAAAAACUGUGCAGGUGUUCCCCUUGCCAUCAAAACAAUAGGUAGCCUUCUAUACACCAAAAAGAAAACAGAGUGGUUCAAUUUCAAAGAGCGUGAACUUUCAUAUAUAAAUGACUCGGCUGAAGGAAUUAUGGAAGUCCUCAAGGUCAGCUAUGACCAUCUUCCGUCACAUUUAAAACAUUGUUUUGCAUAUUGUGCAUUGUUUCCAAAAGAUUAUGUCUUUGAUAAACAAACAAUGAUACAACUCUGGAUGGCACAAGGCUUUAUCGAGUCAUCGGAGGGGAACGACGACCUAGAAGACACAGGGGAUAAUUAUGUUUCGAAUCUACUGUGUAGGUCCUUCCUUGAAGUUGAAGAGAUCGAUGAUGACACUGGUGAGGUGAACACGUUCAAAAUGCACGAUCUCAUGCACGAUCUUGCCUUGAAAGUCGCAGGAGAUGAGUGCAAGAUGAUUGAUCUCAAUGAAGGGGGCAUCAAUAGAGGAAUUCGUCAUGCAUCAUUUCUUGAACAAUCAUCUUCACGGCAAAAAGUGACCUUGCUACGUGAAGCAACCAAUUUAAGAACAUUUAUCUCUUUGAAGGAAGGGCAAAUAAUACCGACCGAUUUUCCAAUUGAAAUUAUCUCCAAGUUGAGGUGUUGUCGAGCAUUGGGUUUUGGCUAUGACUAUUUUUUGAUCCCUACUUUCUUGGGGAGUCGAUUGAAGCACUUAAGGUUUCUUGAUGCUUCUGAUAACUAUUCUAUCCAGAAUUUGCCGGAUUCAAUCACGGAUUUGGUGAACUUGCAAACCCUUAAGCUCUCCAACUGCAAGAAACUUACAACACUUCCAAGAGAUUUGAAGAAAUUAGUCAACCUUAGACACCUCCUAAUUGAUGGGUGUAAAUCACUAAGCCACAUGCCAUGCGGGUUGAGCCACUUGUCUAAGCUUCAGACUUUGAACUUAUACGUCGUCCAAAAGAUGGACCAUAAAGUACCCGGUGGUGUGGGGAGCUUAGAUGAACUGAGUGCCUUAAACAGAUUGGGCGGAUCCAUUGUUCUUAAAAACUUGAAGUUCCUUCAACCGGUACCGAACAAGGGUCACUUGCAGGAAAAGGAACGUCUCCGUUGCUUAAAAUUAGACUGGAGGAUGGAUGAGCAAGAUGGCAAAAGCGACAGUGACGAAUUGAUCUUAUGGGAGAACCUUAGGCCGCACCUAAAUUUAACCAGUUUGACCAUAUACUCAUAUAGGAAUAGGAGUUCACCAAGCUGGCUUUCCUCCAUGGCGAAUCUUAUUGAGCUCUAUAUUGAUGGAUGUGAAGAAUGGAAGUACUUGCCGUCCCUACGUGAACUCCCUUCCCUAAGGAGAUUGACUCUUGGUAACUUGUAUGCGUUGGAAUUCGUUGAAGAGAUAAGUGAUCUGGAGCAAUCUGAUACUUCACCCCCCUACCUCCCGUCUCUAGAGAAUUUGAAUCUCUAUUAUUGUGAUAACCUGAAAGGAUGGUGGGGAAGGAGCCAACCUAUGGAACUGGAUCAGGAUCAUCAGCAGUACAAUUCAUAUUCAUCAUUCCCAAAACUUUUGUCCAUGAAGAUAUGGGAUUGUCCCCACUUGAAUUCAAUGCCACUUUUUCCCCAGAUAGAAAGCUUGGAGAUUUUUGCGCAUAGCAUAAAAUGGUUGCAACAAAGGAUGGCGGUAUCCACAUUCAUCCCCCUCUCUAAAUUAGAGCGGCUAGAGUUUCAAGUAGUGCAUGUGGAGCACUCGAUGCUUGAGACUCUACUUCCAUUCCUCAGAAAUCUUAAGACCUUGGUCUUCGACCAUUGUAACGAAUUAAGGAGUCUCUCUUGUGGCAUGCAGUCCUUGUCCUCGCUGCAAAGCCUCGACAUUCGUGAGUGUGAAGAACUCGAUGUGUCAAGCCACGACGAUGAGCAUGGAACCCAAUGGCGUUCCCUUGCAAAACUCCGUCAUCUUACUUUCUACCGUCUUCCGAAACUAGUGGCGUUACCUGAGGGGAUUCAACAUAUCACCACUUUGGAAUCUCUCAAUGUUAGUCGGUGUAAGAAUCUAAUGAGUUUGCCAGAAUGGAUUGGCAAUUUCUCUGCUCUUAAAAAACUUGACGUUUCUGACUGCUCAAAGUUAACGUGUUUGCCUGAUGGGAUAAGCCGCCUCACCUCCUUGAAGACAUUGAGAAUCGCUGGGUGUCCCGUUUUGCAAGAGAGGUGCCAAAGAGAGUGUGGUGCAGAUUGGGAAAAGAUUGCACACCUUCCAUGCUCACGGGAAGAAAUUAUUGAGGAGUGGUGA